AUGUCCAACACUUUUGAAAAGGUCGUUGUCAUCGACGGCAAGGGUCACCUUCUCGGUCGUCUCGCUUCCAUUGUUGCUAAGCAAGCCCUCAACGGACAAAAGAUUGUCAUUGUUCGUUGCGAAGAGCUUAACGUCUCUGGCAGCUUCUUCCGCAACAAGUUGAAGUACCACGCCUACCUUAACAAGCGUUGCGUCGUCAACCCCAACCGUGGUCCUUUCCACUUCCGCGCUCCUUCCCGUAUCUUCUACAAGGCUCUCCGUGGUAUGGUCGCCCACAAGACCGCCCGCGGUGCUGCUGCCCUUGACCGCAUCAAGCUUUUCGAAGGUGUUCCCCCUCCUUACGAUAAGAUGAAGCGCAUGGUCGUUCCCACUGCUCUCCGUGUCUUGAAGCUCAAGCCCGGUCGCAAGUACACCACCGUUGGUCGUAUCUCCCACGAAGUUGGCUGGAAGUACCAAGAUGUUGUUGCCAAGCUUGAGGAGAAGCGCAAGGCCAAGUCUGCUGCUUUCUACCAGCGCAAGAAGGCUGUCACUGCUCUCAAGGCCAAGGCCACCGCCUCCAAGGCUGAUGCCCUCAAGUCUGUCAACGAAUCCAUUGCUAACUUUGGUUAUUAG